CGGGUCUGUACAGUGCGUCUUGUGGCUUUAUGUACCGUGCUUCCCCUUUGCUAGACGCACGCAUGCUGCAUGCAGAAGCAGCCAAUCCAACGGGCGACAAGACAAAUUGUCGCACAGCGGUGACAGCACAGCGUUAGGUUGGUCAGGCCAGACGAGAUCGACAGCGAAUCGGUUCCAAACAAAACAUUGGAACGGCAAUCAGCCAGCCCACAAGAUUCGGCGCUGCUCGAAGCAAAGGUGCCCUGACAAGCCCAGGAAAGCAUUCCAAGUUCAGAGCCAGUCACCGCGCGUUACUCUUCCACGCCAGCCCUGGGUUGAUUUUACCCCGAGCCCAUCAAUCUCGUGGCUCAAUUGGCAUAAUUCGCCGGAUCGAAUCGAUACGCUCCCGCCCAAAAGAAAAAGAACUGAGGAAGAAAAAAAAAUACGAAAGGAGAAAAAAACAAAAACAAAAGAAAAAGGCGGGAAAGCAGGGAAAAUACGAAAUUUCUGCAAUCAUCAAACGACGGAGAAAGAAAGCCAACACGAAACACGCCUCUUCAACUGUGCCGCUCUUGCCUUUUAUUUUUUUUUCAGCCUAUCCCCAACGCCCCACGAGGGCAACUCAUCCUGCCGUCGAGGCCGCUCGGCCACCCUGAUCGAGACCCGUGAUCUGCCCUCCUUCUGAUAAAUCAUGGAUCGAACAGGCGACAGGCCGGCCAUCAACCUGGCCAACGGUGGCAGAGGGCUACCCGAGAAUCCUGCGCAAGGUCGAAGGAACAUGACGAACGGCGGCGGCUCGCUCAACAAUCUGCCACCAAUGCCCACCGCGAUCCCCGCCAACGCUCGCAGCAUGUCAUCCACCUCGUCUUCGACACUCUCCGCGAACCCGCCCGUUUCCGCCGGUCAGGUCAUAGGCAUGGCGCGCCGAGCCAUGGCCGAAGCCCUCAAGGAGCACGAGUCGCAGGCAGCUGAGGCCAGCGGGGUCAGCAACGAGUUGAAGCCUGGAGUUACCAUUGACUUGAGCCGAAAAAACAUACAAGAGCUUCCCGAAGAGAUUGUGGACGUGAUCAAGCACGAACUUGAGCGACUAGCACUUUCCCACAACAAAAUAUCGUCGUUUCCCGCCCGGUGGUCCGAAUGCUCCUCAUUGCGCUACCUAAACGUCCGGAACAACGAGCUCCGGGAGUUUCCACUACCGCUGUGCCAUCUCAAAAGCCUCGAGAUUCUCGAUUUAGGGCGCAACAAGAUUAGAUCGCUCCCCCCUGAAAUCGUCAAAUUGACUUCGUUGAAGGUCUUUGCGGUUCAGAAGAAUCGAAUCGAAGAGUUGCCCAUUUGCCUGGCGGACAUGGGCUCACUUCAAAUGAUAAAGCUGGAAGGCAACCCUAUUCGAUUUCCACCUCCCGAGGUCCUGCAGGUGCAGGCAACAAGUCCCCCCAACGAGGGGCAUUUAAAAGAAAGUGAAGUCACAGAGUUAACGGUCACGGCCCACAUCAAAAAGUUCAUGAAGCAGAGGGCUUUGGAGAUCAACACCAGCAGCAGAUCCGACGCUGAAAUGGGCAUGGAUGAAUUGAACGAGGGCAUGGAAACACCAAGAGUUCCGAUCAAACGUGUUGUUAGUGGGAGAUUCCCGGUAAGGGUCAAUGGUGCCGGCCUGCCAGACCUAAGAUCGCCUGCUUUUGCACGGCCCGGACCACCCCCGAUUCCUACACGCUCCCACUACCGCGGGCUAUCUCAACAGAACACUGCUCCAAGGAAGUCUGGGGUCAUGCCCUUAACAAUCGGCAAUGUGAACGAACGCAUGCGAAGCAACUCGGAAACUUUAUCACAAACACCCCGAGCAGAUCGACCUGGCGAACGCUCUCGGCGCAUGGGUGUCGUCUCACAAAAAGCUCAGCAGCUGGGAACACUUGACGAGACUCAAGCUAAUAACCGAUUCUCGCACUAUCGCGGCCUCAGCCACGGCUCGGCGAUGCAAGGCAACGGGCAAAUGCUAAAUGGCAAGAUGCCCGUUAGCCCCGCCGAAUCUAUACUCCAGCGGCCUAUAUACGUGCGUCGACUGUCCAUUCUUCCCGAAAGGAGACGCGAGUUCAAGUUUGUCGAUCCGGUGCUUGAAGCUGCCAAGGGUGUCCUCUACUCCAUUUUCCAGAUCCACCCCAUGAUCCAGAUGCUCAUGGGUUUGACGAGCGACGGGCUAGCUAAGCGCUCCAGUCUUGAGAUCGUCUUUUACAACACCAACUCUCAUGUGGAGGAGCUCGAGCAGGAAAUUCAACGUCACGAGGCCGACGAGGAGGGCGCAUCCCAGUUUGAAAAUGAGAAUGUGCUGCGCGCAUGCAUCACCCUGGUGAACGCUUACGUGCACGUGUGCUCAUUGCUUGCGAGUAACGUCGACCUUUUCAUAGACAACGGCGACCCGCGAUAUAUUCGAACUUUGAUGAUGCAGCUCUACAAUAGCAUCACGGAGCUGCGAGUGACAACAUCGCACGUGCUUCCGGAAGAAGGACACCGUAGAGCCGCCAGCCGUACGGCCAUGAAUUCCGGAACCAUCCGCCCGCGUUCUCGCGAGAACACCGCCACCCCGACCGUGGAGAGGCCAAACGGGAUUCCCCGGAGUGCGGCCCGCAGCAACUUAUCCCAUAACCCGAGCAACCUCAGGGUUACCACUGACGUUCCGCUUUCCAGCAUCCCAUACGUCAACGGGACUGGACGCACGGCAACCAUUUCCUCAGCUACGCCCCGAUCAGGAGAGUCGUUUGUUUCAACAGGCAGCCGGGGUCUGUCGGGCGACUUUACCGAAGAGGAUCGCAUCUUUGAAAAUAUCUUCUUGGCUCUGCAGAAGUCAACCGAUCUCGUAGUGCGGCUGUUGCCAGCGUUCAACCACCAAUAUACCAACGGCCUGCAAGCGGCUAUACAGCACCGCAAUACUCGGGAGUCGCAGAUGUGGAAGGCAUUGAUAUCUAAGUGCUCAAUGACAAUCCAACAGACGGAGAAGCUCAAGACGCGUCUUUCGCUGAUCAAGCUCAAGGAGCCCGGAAUCCGGACUCAGGGAUCUUUCUGGAAUGAUGUGCGCGACUUUGUGGAUUCUUGGGCAGAGUUUGGCAGCAAAGUCAGAGAGGUGGAAAAACCACUGUCGCUACCGGCUGACACGAGGAUGCGCCUACGACCAUUCCAGAAGAGUAUCCAGGAGGCAUCGAGUCUUAUACUACGCUCGCCGUGGGGCUAUUGGCUCCGACCGGGCCUGGCAACGUCGCACCAAAACGGCAAUGGAGGCGGCAUCUUUAGCCCAGGCGGUGCCGUUGUGGAGCCUCACAACGGUGACCGACAGUAUCAGCAAAACGGGCAAUACGGAAACCCAAAUCACAACCAUCUCCAUCACAAUCCCCACAUACAGCUUCCUAUGACACCUCAGAGCGCUGCAUUGGGCCCCGCGGCCCAAGCCACAGUGCCGGCAACACCACAGAGCGGCUCCUUCGCCGCAGCGCUGACUGGCAACGUAUUUGAGCGGGCCGAUGCGCUCAUGUCUCAAGGUGGCCCAUCAUCGAUACACUCGCACUCUCGCCACGGAACUUUCACUUCCUCUACGUCAGGUUCUUCUGGUGGAAUGAGUGGUAGCUUCAACUCGAUUAGCAGCACUCUAUCAUCAGCAACCAGCUACAAUGACGACAGGAUGGGAGGCCAUUCGGCUUCUUCGUCUUCCUCUGUCAUAAGCCCUGGCGGCCUUGGAGGAGGCCCCGGACCUAUGGCGUCUGCCUUCCCGUUCCGCAUGCAAAAUGGCGGUGGGAGGGUGGCGUUGUAGCCAAAACGCACCUUAUCCUGAAAUCCAAGUUCCCCAGCAGGCAUCUGUAUAACAUAUGUAGACGACCUCAAGCUGAUGAGUGGACUUGCUUGCCAUGAAGCUUGGCUUUUCUGCAUACAUCAUUUGCAUUUUAUUACUCAUCUCGACCUACUUCGACCUACUUUUUUUUUCGAUUCCUCCUUUGACUAGGAAAGAUUAUCGUUUUGACGAAAUCUCUGCGGCAUAUUCUAUUUUCUUGGACAAAAAGCCCCGUCAUUUCCAUCAUCUUUUUUUUUUUUUGCCACCGUCUGCAUAUCGACCAAAUCUGGGAAUUUCUCCAGUGUUUCUGCGUGUUUGAUUGCCGCUUUUACCGGCCCUUCUAAAUUAUAAUGUGUGCAAUCUAUAACGGUUGGCUCUUGUUUAGUUGCUUUAUUUCAUUCAGCUCGCAGGCCGAAACGUCUUGACUUUUUUUUCGGUCUUGGUGGUGCUGGUCUCUCAGUAAUCGUUGCUUGGGGUAAUCAUGGGCAAGCUUGGAGUUCCUGGAACAUUAUGUAUUUCCUGUUGUUCAUAUUUGCAUUGCGCCAGGCGUUUGGGGAAGUGGAAAAACACAUGAUUGCAACUAUGCAAAAAAAAAAAAAAAACUCUUCGUGUUUAAUUAGAAGCAAUAUGGGCAGGCGUUCGUUUCAUCGACUAUUUGCAU